GGCUGUCAACGUGCCUUUCUUCCGUCUAUCUACGGACUGUGCUGCGCCAUUGAAAUUCUGCACGUCAGGCACAAUUUGCCGUGCUUUGGCUUGAAGUUCGCAAAAUUGUGACAAAUUUUUGUCCGCGUUUUUAGUUUGUAAUUUAGAUAGCUGCCUUCACAUACUGCAGUGUCGCGUGGAACGCGCGUCGAGGACGUAGUCCAGAAAGUUUCCUUGUAUUUUAAUUCAGUGGGACGCGCUUCGUUUGUACUUUUUUUUUUGUAUCGUACUUGUUGUUUAGGCACGGUCUUCGCAAUGGGUUGUCAUUCCUAAAUGACAUUUUAUACUUUGUGGGCUCAACUUUGUUUUUUUUUACUCACUCAGUCGUGUGUUAUAACUAGCAAUUAUUGACAAACGUUAAUAAAAAUAAAAAAAAGUUAGCGUUUUGAAAGGUAGUUACGUAACGUUAGCUAGCUACCAUUGUGUGGGCGAGUUUGGCGAAACUUGUGAAAGCGAGGUAACGUUGCAAGUAAUCGAACAAACUUUAAAAAACGUGUGUUUAAAAAAAUAUAUUUUAUUUUCAAGUUUGCUUGUUUACUUGAUAAGUUUAUUAUCUCUAAAUUGAUUCGAUAGUCAAGCGGACGUGUGUUUUUGACAGAUUUUUUUCGAGUUCAGUCCUGUUUGUCUUUAGAGGGGCGUUUACCCUGAAGUGUCAAACUAGCUGCCCGGACUCAGUUUGCUACAUGUAUGUGCCAAGCUAAUAUGUAGCUAGCUAUGAUAUUAUUUAACGGUCAAUGAUUGUUCUAACGUUAUUGUACUGUAUCAUAGCAAGCUUUUGGUAAUGUCAAUGCUUAUAUUAUCCUUGAAUUUUUAUAGCGAAUUCAUGUUUUCUUGUGCUUAAUGUCUGAUUUACGUCUAGCUAGCAAGCUGAAUUCGGUGCAUUGCUAGCAAACGUACAUGGCUAAUUUUGACGGCAGCUACUUUCUUUUAAUGUUUGACACCCCCAGAUAUUUAGAUUUGUUAGAUUAAGUGAUCAGGGGAAUAACAGCGCACGAAAUGGCUAUGUCAAGGCUUUUUAACUAGCUAACGUUUGCUAUAUUUCCGUCUCGCGUGGAAAGUAGAAAGCCAUUCAGCUAACGUUGCACGAUAAAUAUUGGCUUUGAAGACUGUUCGGAAACCAUAGAUCUCAUAAUUCCAGCAAACUCGAACUGGAGAUGAACUAGCUUGGAAAACUCCCAAGUUUUGAUACAGGAUCAAGAUAUGGAUCCGGGUGGACUGAAACACAGCAAGGACAAGGGCUUGGCUUUCGGUAAACUCUCAGAGAGCAGUGUAGAAGGAAGCUUCUCAGGUGACACAGGUGGUUCCAAGUCCACCACAUCAACCUCCCUGAUGCAUCUGCCAGGCUCCAGACCCCAGCAACCAGCCAGAGACUCCGCCAACGGACUGAAUGUCACUACGACUCAGAUGGAGACAGGGGGACUCACUAUAGAGGAGGCUGAAGUGAAGGUAAUGGAGAAGGCCCUUAGAAUGCAGCAGCCACAGAAACCGCAGCAGAACCAACAGCUGUUUGAGAACUUUGCUCUGUUGGAGGCGAGUAUUGCAGAUUUGAAUCGAUCCAACACCCCAGGGAGCUCUGUACUUGGACGCCCUCAUGACCUUUUCUCUCUGAAAACGGAGAACUUCUCACCCAUGGAUAAAGACAGGCUUGACAUGGGGUCAGUCAGCUUUGGACAGUCACAGAAGGACUUGGAUGUCAACGAGAGGCUCCUUGGCGACAAUACAAUGGACAUUCUGCAGGAUUUGGACUUGCCUGGCUCUCUGUCUGACCUGAAUGAGUUUUACGUGUCUGACGAGGCUGCUUUCCUUUCCUCCCUGUCAGUGGAGGAUGUCCUGCUCGAGGACGGCAACAUGGAAACCAAGCCCAUAGACUGUAGCAAUGGGGGAAACUGUACAAAUGUGGACAGCGCGGACCAGCAGAAGCAGCUUCUGGAGCCAGGUGUCUCCAUGCCUGUCAUCAAGACGGAGGAGGAUGCUGACACCUCCUUCAUCCAACUUUGCACCCCAGGGGUCAUCAAGCAAGAGAAUGAUCGUCGGAGCUAUUGUCAGAUAUCCAACCUGGACUUGCCUAGUACCCACAACUCGGCGGGCUCCAUCAGCGGGCCGAGUUACCCCUAUGGAGCAAACACCUCGACGGCAGUGAGUCUUCAGCAGGAUCAGAAGCCUGUCUUUGGCCUGUAUCCCCCACUGCCCUCGGUCAGUGACAGCUGGAACAGAGGCAACGGAUACGCGACUGGAUCAGGGAUGUCGAGCUCAUCUUUUCCUGUCGGCUUCAACAGUCCAAAGGCAAGACCCGAGGCCAGCGGCUCUGCGUCGUCAGCCCCUGCCAAGCCCAGCGGUCCAACCCAUAAGAUCUGCCUGGUGUGUUCAGAUGAGGCGUCUGGUUGCCACUAUGGAGUCCUCACCUGCGGAAGCUGCAAGGUCUUCUUCAAGAGGGCCGUUGAAGGAUGGAGAGCACGACAAAACACAGAUGGACAACACAACUAUCUGUGCGCUGGGAGGAACGACUGCAUCAUAGACAAGAUCCGCAGGAAGAACUGCCCGGCGUGCCGCUUCCGCAAGUGUCUCCAAGCAGGGAUGAAUCUGGAAGCGAGGAAAAACAAGAAGCUGAUCCGAUUAAAAGGUCAGCAGACGACGAUGGAGCCGAACCCUCCCCCACCUGACGAGAGGGCCUGCGCGUUGAUCCCCAAGUCCAUGCCCCAGCUGGUACCCACCAUGCUAUCCCUGCUCAAAGCCAUUGAGCCGGAGGCCAUUUACUCUGGCUACGACAGCACCAUUCCCGACACCUCCACCCGCCUCAUGACCACCCUCAACAGGCUGGGCGGACAGCAGGUUGUCUCAGCCGUCAAAUGGGCCAAGUCCCUACCAGGAUUCCGGAACCUUCACCUGGAUGACCAGAUGACCCUGCUGCAGUGCUCCUGGCUGUUCCUCAUGUCGUUCGGCUUGGGCUGGCGCUCCUACCAGCAGUGUAACGGGGGGAUGUUGUGCUUCGCCCCUGACUUGGUUAUUAAUGAUGAGAGGAUGAAGUUGCCAUACAUGACCGACCAGUGUGAGCAGAUGCUGAAGAUUUCCACUGAGUUUGUGAGGCUGCAGGUGUCCUAUGAUGAGUACCUGUGUAUGAAAGUCCUACUGCUGCUCAGCACAGUACCAAAGGAUGGAUUGAAGAGCCAGGCUGUGUUUGAUGAGAUCCGCAUGACCUACAUCAAGGAGCUGGGGAAGGCCAUCGUCAAGCGGGAAGAGAACUCCAGCCAGAACUGGCAGAGGUUCUAUCAACUUACUAAGCUAUUGGACUCCAUGCAAGAGAUGGUGGGGGGCCUCCUGCAGAUCUGUUUCUACACAUUUGUGAAUAAAUCCCUGAGCGUGGAGUUCCCGGAGAUGCUGGCUGAGAUCAUCAGCAACCAGUUACCGAAAUUCAAAGAUGGGAGCGUCAAGCCACUUCUGUUUCAUGCCUUAAACCAUGACACAAUGCCUUAAAACCCCAGCCUCCCCUGCCUUCCAUGCUCUCGCCCGCCCGCCAGCCAGCCAGACCCGCCUAUUUUCCCUGCAGAUGGCCCAGGACCCCCACCAGUACGGAUUAAUGUAGAGAGAGCAUGCUCCUGAAUCGGUUUCCAGAGGACUCCGGUGGAGAAAUAGAACUUGCAAAGGAGAAUAACACAGUGACCGAGCGACAGGUCACAACCUAGACUGACCCUUCUGAAUCAAACAAAAACUGUUCUGGAGUCGUGUUUAGACCGUGAAUCACUUCAUAACAGUAGAUUAUUGUGAGAUUGGAGGAAUCAAAUUUUACCAACGAAAAGAGAUUCAUAUUUUGAAUUGAUUUUAUGCAUGCACACACCGGCUCUUUUUUCUUUUUUUACACAAGAUUAUCAGAAAAGGGAAAACGUGCCUUUUUUUGGUUUAGCUUUGCAGACUGUCUAUAGCUAUUCUUCUCAAACUGUCAAAAGCAAGUAUUUUGCAUAGGAAUCUAAUAUAAACACUUUUGUAUGCAUUUCUAUCUGUUAAUCACAAUGGUAGUUUCUGUUCUCUUAACAGCCAUGUUUAUUUUGUCAAGUGGGCCUCUUAAUGAUCCCCAGAAGGGAACUAGCGAGAGGGAGCUCCUUACGUAAGGUAAUGAAAUCUAACAUUUAUGUCCAAUUUCAUUCUCCGCAACCUUUCGGUAGUUGUUAUACUCAAAAGCAUCAAUAAUGCUUUGUGGUAUUAAUUAUUCAUAAGGAGAAUUUGGUUCCUGCCCAUGUCUGGGCUUAUGUCACAUACAGAAUGUCAUAAUUCAACAGUGGUAAAAAAGAUUCACAUUUGUUAUAGGUGAAACAUCAGUUCAACCUUUACAGUACCAGGCAAAAGUUGACACACUUAGUCAGUCCAGGGUUUUUCUUUAUUUUUACUAUUUUCUACAAAAAAAUAAUAGACCAGUGAAAAUCAGGUUGAGAGAAUGUCAAGAGUGAGCAAAGCUGUCAUCCAGGCAAAGUGUGGCUACUUUGAGGAAUCUCAAAUAUAAAAUAUAUAUAUUUUUGGUUACUACAGGGAGAUGGGAAGGGAGUUUGCAGCAGUGGCUAAUGAUUGUCUGUGAGUGAGAGAGUGAGCAAAAAGGACAGAAAGUAAUGACCUGAACAAGUUUGUUCAUAUGAUAUGAAAACGGAUGUAUUUAUUUCAAAGUUGUCAAACCCUAUUUCUUAUGAUGCGUGAAGCUGAGUCACUAUUCUCUGGGAGUUUUAAAUUCUGUAAAAUGUCACAAGCUCUUCAGUUUGGCCCCUUUUUCCACCACCUGUAUGUAUUAUACUAGUGCCAAACCAGAACUGUGUCAUUGUUUUGCUGUCCAAGCAUUAUUAUUCUAUGCUUCAGGGUGCUCAUUUUAUAAAAAAUAUUAUUGGGUAAAAAAUAAUAAGUACACCAGCUAAACGAGGAAUACAAGUAUUGAUUGUUGUUCACUAGAUCAUGUAAAUGUUUUCAAGCCAUUUUGUAUACUUGUACUCUGAGACUCUUGAACUUGCAAUGGUGUUUUGUAAUGCUAUCAAAGUAUGGUGACCUGCACAUUUCCCUGUGAAAAGGAAGUUCGCCGUCCCCGCUAGAAGUCAUUCUCUCUCUCUUGAGGUAAUCGCCACACACCAGCUUAUGCCAUGUAAAAGCCCAAAGUAAAAUGGCUUUUGGAGUGCAAGUGCAGAAUCAUUGCUAUAAGGCUUUCUACUUGGCCUUAUUCUAACUUCUAAGCUCCUUCUUCGUAAUCAUUAUGCCAGGAUUGUUAACAAUGGCAGCCAUGUGGUCUAACUACCUCAUGUAGUCAUCCUUUCAGUCAGACUGCUGGAAUGACCACGUGAGAUGGAUCCCCUGGUGAUUGCUCUCUGCACGUGUUUUGGGGGGGGAGAUUGACAUAUUUUGGUUUACUUUCACGUAGUGUUAGAGGACUGUCUCUGUUCUGGUCUUCGAUUGGUCAAACCAGCUUGAUCAUAUCCUAAUGAUCACUGUAUUGCCGUAGAUGUACGUACAUAUAGGGUAACAUCCCCUGAAGUUUUGAUUAAUACAUGUUUCAUGACAACUUUUGACAGAAUACCUGUAUAUUCCUAUACACAUGUUUUUUUUUUUCGUUUUCUUUUUCAAACAAGUUUCACUUAAGGCCUUGCGAAAGGGAGACAGAGAGCCAUAUACAAAUGUGGGUUUAAAUUCAGGAAAACUUAACUGUCAAUGCUUUUGAAAAUUGAUUUCUUUUAAAACUAUUUUCAGUAAUUUUGAAUAUCAGUUUGAUCCUCUUUGAUAUGAAUAAUUUUACUGUCUUUUUGUGCAUUUGAUGAGUAAGACAGUAAUUGUUUUAUUUUUCUGUUGGUUUGUGUUUGACAAAGAUAAAUGUAUUGCAUAUGUACUUAGAAAGUGUUAAUAUGUUGUCUGACUAAAAUAUAAAUUCUAUAAAUCAAUGGGAAAGAUUAUAUGAAAGACCACUUUGUUUUAGAAAAUGUGGGUUUUGGGAGGGAUGAAGGACUGGAGUAUAUUUUGUAUAGUGCAACAGAGUUGCCAAAGCAGAGAGAUCAGAAGUAUUCAAGCAGCCAGUUACAUUUACAGUAGCACUUAUUAUCCAAUUAUAGUACCUAUUUUUAAAUAUAUUUUGUAAUGGUCUAGGCUUUGGUCUCUUGUAUAUUGCUGUGAGGAUUAACCAGUCAUUUAAAAAUAGAUUUAAAAAAAGGUAUUUGUGUGAAAGUAAUCUACCAGAGAAUUUGCACUACCACGUUUCAUAAUGAAUAGGAAAGGAGGUAGGUCUGUACUCAAGUCUUUGCAGUGAAAGAAAAUAAAUUGUAGUUUUUCACUGCAAACACUAAAUAUUGACCUGCCUCAUUUCAGAUUGAUUUGUUUUGGUCUACGAACCACAAAACGGCCUACAAGAAUCUACAAAUAUAUGUUAAUUCACUACCUCAUCUCAACCUCAUACUGGUUGAGAGAGUAUUUUCUGUAUAAAAUACAUGCAAAUAGUAUCUUUAAAGAUUGAGGGCAGAUCAUAUUUCACUGGUAUAUGGCUUUCAUUAAAGUCUGUUCUGUUUGUAUUUCAGUUCUGUACAUGUAAUCCAAAUGUAAAGAAUAUAUACAUUGUCUAUUUGUUUACAAAAUAGUUUGUAUUACCGCUGUCAAUGUCAAUAUUUUCACCAAUUUGAUUAAAUGUUGGACUAAAAUGUCUGUAGUUCUGGUUGCUCUAGUUUCACUUCACGACCUCCUAGAUGAUUAUCAAAUGUUUCUCCAGAUAAACCUGUUCAUAAAAUAAAAGGUUGCUCAAUCA